CCGUGUUUCCCAUGAUGCCGUGCCCGGUGGGCAAACUCAAACAGUAAAAAUGGAAGAGGGGUCGAAGAAGAGAGAGUUUGAGCGUGCAAACAUGACCGUCAUCAAACAUAGCAAAACCAACGAAGUUUCUAACAGCAGCUACAACACAAUUAUCCACACCGAUCAGUGUACAUCUCACGAAGAAGAAUCAAAGGUUUCAUCUGACGGAGAGAAGGAGAGGAACAUUUUGUGCCAGGUCGAUAAUCCUGAACCCUCCGGUAAAUCUAAGGUGGAAAAUUUGUACCUGCUGGACAACAGUGGUGAGACUGAGAGAGACGGGGAGCCCUUAAACCCAUCAGUGGACAAAGAAAAUAGAAACAGCCCCGAACAUGCGAGAACAGAACAUAGAGCUGACGAUCAUGAUGGUUGCCAACAGAUGGAGGCUUUGUCCAGUUCUUCUUGCAGUCAGAGGGAUUGUGAAUCCAAUGGAGUGUCUGCAAACCACAUUGAUGAUGAGGAAAUAUUCAGGAGAGCAAGAGAAAAAGGACGAGUGAAUGCUGUCUUUCCCGGCCGUAUCACCCAGGAUGGUUGCUGUAGAUUUGUUUGUGAGCUUCUGAAGUGUGUUCUUUACCAGCGGCAGCAGAUGCCCAUGACAUAUGACCAAAUGGUGUUCUUCCAGAAACAGCAGCAUAAUGCCACUCAGACAGUGGACACGAUAAUUCGACGGUCUGUAAAGCCAUCUGAGGGUUUGGAUUGGCGUCGGUGCCAGCGGACGUUGCAGGAGCUUGAUGAAGUGCUGGCCCACCUAGAAGCACUGUUCUCUCUUAGCCGAGUUCCUCGUGUGCUUUUCAUGCUGGGUGGGUCUACCAUCAUUCCCUCGGAGCUGUAUGAGGUGAACAUGGAAGCGGUGGCCGUAGGGGCCGGGGAAAACAGCUUAAGGACCUCAACCUGUCUAAGACAGCUUUUCCGCAUGUUGUUCGUGGCUGACCUGUUGUCAGAGACCAAGUCUGUGCGCCUCGUGACUACCACGGUCAUGGCUCUGGGUCACCGGGAUUGUGGUGUGACUGGGUUUAAGCCCAAAAUGGAUUUUAAAGUUCCCACAAAAGUGAAAAGGCAAGUCAUCUCUAUAGCCAGUGAUUUGUCUCUCACUGGGGAGUUACAAAAAAGUAAAAGAGAUCUGGAGGACUAUAUAUGGUUUCAAGCCCCUGUCACAGUGAAAGGUUUAUGUAAAUGAUAAGGGAAUAAAGAGUAGCAGAUUUCAGGGAAAGUUAAAAUACACUCCAUUCUCAGGGACCACUUCUGUGUGACUGACCAAUAGUAUAUGGGCUGUUGUUUUAUUUGUAUUUUUUUUAUUCAUAAAUUCUUAAUUUAAAUUUAAAACCUCAGAUUUUUUUUAUCCCAUGUUUACAUUGUCAUCAGCUAGUCUAUAUAUUUUACAUUAUUAAUUUUACUGAAUAUUUCUGUGAUGUUUCUAAUGUUUAAUAAUAUUGACUGCUACUCACUCCAAGACCAUUUGUACCAGUUUGUAUGUCAGCAUGAAUUAAAACCAACUGCUAGAUGGCAGCUUCUGAAAACUGAUGCAUGUAAAUGAUUUAAUUUACUUCAAUAUAAUGAAUGAUGUGUUUUAGGCUCUUUAAUUCUAUCAGUACUGUAUUUUCCGGACUAUAAGUCACACUUUUUUCAUAGUUUGGCUGGUCCUGCAACUUAUUUAUCAAAAUUAAUUUGACAUGAACCGAGAGAAAUGAACCAAGAGAAAUAAACCAAU